UCUCUCUCUCCUUUCCAAUAUUCACUCCUUGUUUGUUUCCUUCAUGAGUAAAAACGCAUAGUCGCACAUCUUCAAGAACUCCAUCGCAACAAGAAACAGUAAUGGCUGCCACUCUUUAGAUUUCCCCAAAUACCCCUCCACUCUGCCUUUAUAAUCUCCACCCCUUCACGCUUCUCCAGUCUGAAGAAACUUAAACAUGGCUGCACCGUCAUCUUCCGCCGUUUCUCUCUCUUUUCUGCUCCUUUUUCUUUCUGUAUUCUUGGCCGAGUCACUAGGCUCGGAUAUGUCCAUCAUAUCCUACGACGAGAGCCACGGGGGGCCGGGCUUCGUGCGGUCCGACGAGGAGGUGAUGUCCAUGUACGAGUCGUGGAUGGUGAAGCACGGCAAGUCGUACAACGCGUUGGGGGAGAAGGAGAAGAGGUUCGAGAUCUUUAAGGACAACUUGAGGUACAUAGACCAACGAGGAGUAUCGGAGAACUUAUAUGGGCACCAGGACCGACGCCAAGCGCCGGUUUUCUAAGGUGAAGAGCGACCGCUACGCGCCGAAGGUGGGCGACAGCUUGCCGGACUCCAUUGACUGGAGGGAGAAAGGCGCCGUCGCUCCGAUCAAAGAUCAAGGCGGCUGUGGGAGUUGCUGGGCUUUCUCAACAAUUGCCUCUGUGGAAGGUAUAAACCAGAUAGUUACUGGGGAUUUGAUCUCACUUUCUGAGCAGGAGCUGGUGGACUGUGAUACGUCUUACGACGAAGGGUGCAAUGGGGGUCUUAUGGACUAUGCGUUUCAGUUCAUUAUCAAGAACGGAGGGAUCGACAGUGAGGAGGAUUAUCCGUACACCGGCAGGGACGGCAGAUGCGACCAGUACAGGAAAAAUGCCAAAGUUGUGUCUAUUGAUAGCUACGAAGAUGUUCCUGCGAGUAAUGAGAAUGCGUUGCAGAAGGCGGUCGCUAAUCAGCCCAUCAGCGUCGCCAUUGAAGGCGGUGGGAGGGACUUCCAAUUAUAUGAAUCUGGUAUAUUCACAGGGAGGUGUGGCGUGGACUUGGACCACGGUGUGAAUGUCGUGGGAUAUGGUAGCGAAAAUGGUGUCGAUUAUUGGAUCGUCAGGAACUCAUGGGGCGCAAGCUGGGGUGAGAAGGGCUACGUGAGAAUGCAGCGGAACAUUAAAUCCAAAACCGGCCUAUGUGGAAUUGCAGUCGAGCCCUCUUACCCGAUCAAGACGAGCCAAAAUCCUCCCAACCCCGGCCCAUCUCCUCCUUCUCCAGUCAAACCGCCCUCUGUUUGCGAUGAUUACUACUCAUGCCCUGAAAGCGACACCUGUUGCUGCAUCUUUGAGUACUACGGAGAGUGCCUUGAGUGGGGCUGCUGCCCACUCGAGGGAGCCACCUGCUGUGACGACCAUUCCAGUUGCUGCCCGCACGAGUAUCCAGUUUGCAACAUUUACGCUGGCACCUGCUCGAUUAGCAAGGGUAACCCGCUUGGAGUUAAGGCGAUGAGACGCACUCUUGCCAAACCAAUGGGGACGUCCACGAAAGACGGAAAGAAGAGCAGCUCUUGAGAGAGAGUUUGAAGUCGUCGCCAGUGCAGGGAGGGAUAGGUGAAGGCCAAGGAGGAAACUGUUUUGGUGCUCGAUGGUCUCUUUGGUGCACUGGGGUGAUGAAAUGAGGAUGAACUCAAAGAUUGUAAAGGUCAUAUCUGUAUGAUUCUCAGUAUUUAUGGCUUUGAAUUUGAACAACAGAAACAGAUAUUUGUUCUACUUUGUGAAAUUGUAGAAGAUACAUGUUAUUAUGAUCAAGAAUUGGCUGCCUUGACCAGCCGAUCAUGUCCAGGAUUCUGCUUGCACUUGAAUUCAUCUCAUCGUUGGAAGACCCUUUUCUACUUAACUUGAUUGACUUUCGUUGUGGCUACAAAAUCCUCUCGGGAUGCAAGG